GCGCGGGGAGGCCGGCAGCGGCGGAGGCAGCGCGAGGCCCGCCGUGCCUCGCGUUGGCCCGAAGCCAGCCGUGCCUGACGGGCUGGCCCGGCACGGGAAAGGCACAGCGGGCCCGUGCUUGGGCCGCCGAUGAGGCCCAUGGGCUGGCACGGCACGACAAAGCCGUCGUUACGGGCCAGGCCCGGCAUCUAUAGCUGGCUUGAUAUCCACCCCACUAUGGACCCCACUUGUCAAUGCCUGGAGCGCUGAUCCGAAGCCACAUCAGCGAGACCCACCUGUCUGCGCUUGCGACUCCAACCGAGGCCACCGCCUAGAAAUUCCCUGCUCCCGCCUCGGCGCGACGGCGCCCAAUUGUAACCGUCCCAACGAACUUGCUCUGCCCCCUCCUCUCCCACCUCCUUCCCCUCGCAGCAGCGGGCAGGCAAUCAAGAAGAAGCCUCCCGCUCGCCGCCAGAUGGCCCCCGCGGCCGCCGCCGCCGCCGCCGCACUGGCGCCAGACGCGAUGCAGCAAUUUCCCGAGGGGGCUCAUGUACGGCUGCGGAGCCGCGUGCACGGCGGGUACCUCCACGCCGGCGAGGACGGGGUGGGCGUCUCCCUGAGCUGGGGCCGCCGCUCGUCGAUGAACGCGGCAUGGCAGGUACACCGGAUGACAAUCGACGGCACCACCUACGUCCUCCUCCACAGCGCCGCCUACGGCCGGUACCUCGCGGCCUCGCCCCACCCGGCGCCGCCGGGGCACCGCGGCCACAGCGUCGUGCAGGGGGACUACGGCGAGCAGGGCGUGAACCCUAUCCUGUGGAAGCCCGUCGGCUCGGGGCACGCCGGCUACGUCCUCCUACGCCACGUCUCCUACCGCUUCCUCCCCGCCAACGGCAGGUACCGCCUCUGGCUCUCGGGCGCUCCCGUCGACGACUUUGACAACCAGAGCACGAUGAUGGAUUGGAAGGUCGAGGCCAUCCCACCGAGACCCGCGCCGCCGGUCCUUCCUCCUCCAACUCCGAUUAAUCGAGGAGGCUGCCGCAGCCUGUUCCUCCUGCACCAAGAGCCCGGGGUACUGGAGAAAACUAUCCGACUAGGCUGUGUGGCCUGCCAGCGAGCCUGUAGCGGAAGUAUUUGUAGGCGCUGCGUCGCGCAAGUGAAGAAGAAUCUGGAGCUGAUGAAGAAGGAAGGGAGGGACGGUUUCUUCGGAUACUGCCUGAAGUGUCAUGAGGUUGCCAAGGGAAGCCACCUUGCACAUCAGGACAAUAUCAUCCCAGUUGACAGGUACAAGGGUCACUUGGUAGCAUGGGUAACAGGAAAAGAGAACUGGGCAGCCAUCUUUCAUGGCAUUCAGAGUGAUAUGUGCUAUAGGCCACCUAUCGGUCGCCCCUUUCUCCUGCACACGCCAGAAGAAUGUUGCAGAUGCAUAGAGUGCAAUGAUGUAAUGUAUACGAAAAGGCUUUACGAUAUGCUAAGCCUAUACUGCACGAUUAACUGCUGGUUGGAGGAGAGGUCGGGCGGUGGGGCUGCUGAGGUGCAGGUCGCUAAGGCUCUCCUGGCGAUGGAGUUCGAUAGUUCUACACAUGCUGUCUGCCUCACCUGCAGCAUGGCGUUCUCAAGCUCUGAGGCAAGUGAUCAUGCUGAACAUGAUAUGCUCUCCAUCGUCAUGGAGUCAGGUCGCCUGCCCCGUCUGCAGAUACCUUCAGCGCACUAUUUAGCUCAUGUGUGGAGAAACAUAAAGGGAUGGGAUCCUGACGGCAUGGGGGACAUCCUGAUUAAAGACAACUCAUCUCCGCGGUGCCAGACGUGCCAGAUGCGCCUAGUGGACGGCGGCAGUAAGACAUGCAGCUUCGAAUGCUGUCUGCCGCAGCCCUCUCUACUGCCAAGACCGCUGCAGCGGCAGCAGCUUGCUGGGUGAAUUGAUUCUUACUGUUGGAGUCAUUCUUAACUCUUCUGCUGUUGGCCUGUCGUGGCCUAACCCUGUGUAAUGAAUGGUUUAGUUUCAAUGCGUUGAGCUGUGUAAGGAAGCAAACUUGGGAUGAACUUUGUUUUUGAGCUGAAGAUCUGACGAAACAUGUACUUUAGCUGAAAUCAGUUUCAAUGCGUGGUUGUAGAUGUACAAAGAAAGAGAGCAGGUUAUUACAGGGAACUUCUGACAAUCUACUUA